AUGGCUCCGAACAAGAAAAAGAAGAAGUCAGCGGCAAAUCCUGCACGUGGUUUCGCUACUACUUCGCUACCCUCCAAGGCAAGGCCUCCUGAUAAGCCUAACAAGGAAUUGGUCAACAUUGAGACUGGGGAAAAGGGACAACAUGUCUCUGCCGCGCCUGCUGAAUCUGCCGGUGGCCAAAUUACCGGCCGGAAAGGCGACGAGUCAUCUGAACAGACCUCCGACAUAAAAAAUAUGAGUCCCGAGGAUCUGGAAGCCCACCUAGAAAAUUCUGAGCUAGAGGCGCUGGUCGAGAAAUACGCAAUGCGGUCCAUGGCUGAGGCACGCCGUCAAGUUACCAAGCUUGAGACGGAGCGGAGACAACUGCGUUCACAGGCUUACCGGUUGUCAACCUACAAUUGGCUUUUUGAUGAAUUGGUCGACGAGAUAUUCCGCAUGAAUGACAUGGAUUCAAUAUCUGCAUGGCCAGUUCUUAACGCAAAUUCUCCUUCGAAUGAUGAAGAGAGACUUAUGGUCGAUCUUUGGACAUUGGAAAAAGUCCUAGAAGCUUUGAGGUUCCCGAGGGUCGCCGAUGCCAUUGCUUAUAUCGCAGAAUUGGCGAUGUCGGGGCGGCCGUAUACAGUCGGCGACUCUCUGCCAGGUCUGUACGGGGCUCUCCAAUGGUAUUCUUCCGGAUCUCAAUCGGCCGAGCUUUCGAAUUAUGAACAAGGAACUACCUCGAAAUCUGGGCAAAGUGGUGAGAGUACACCUCUUCAAGAAAGUUCUGAGCCCAUAUCUGCCACUCAAAGCCGACCAAGUCCUACAAGUACUCCAGCAAAGACGUCAGAACCGGAAGAUGACUCCUUACCAAGCAUGUCCUCCUCAGAGAGCGACGAUGACGACGACCCUUCAAAAUUGACGGAGGAGUACGUCCGAGUUCAGCGGUUAAUCUGGGAGGUCCAAAAUCCACAUCCGAGUCAAGACUCAGUCACGACCGCCAAGAGGCAGAAGCGAAUGCCCAAAUUGAGUCGGAAAGUGCAAAAUUUACGUCGAGAUCCUCUAUUCGAUGAAUUCGAAGCGGAGUCUGCAUGGUAUACGAGUCUCAUGGAAUUGCAGGCCACACAUCAAAAGCUUAUCCGGGAAUAUGCCGCAAGACGCCGCGAACAAACCCUCGGAGCAACCAAAAAGACAGAAGAUCUUGAUUCAGAAGAUGGAAGGCCCCUAUUGGAUAACACAGAAUCCGAUGGUGAAGAUGGAAACGGACUUUUGGGUGGUAUCUUCGGGGGAUCUGACGAACCUGACACCGCCAGUGAAGAUCUAGGAAACACGGGUCAAGUGAAGCUGGUCGAUUUUGGAAAAUGGACCGGUGUUUCUCCUCGAAAACUUCUAGAUGAUAUCUGCAAGGGCCAUGAUCCGAAAUCCCGGAUUCAACUGCGGAUAUUACAGAGUACUUCAUAUUCGGCCAGACACAGUGUGGACGUCUUCUGGACCAUUGAUACAAUGAUUGAAGACCAAAUGACCGCUGCUCUCCCACCAGAGAUCUCCGCGAAAACAACACCACGGCAGUGGAGUGUGGAAAUGACGAAUAUUUCCGCGGCAUCGAGCAUCCAGUCAGAAGCGUAUAUCUGUACAUUGGCCUUGUUCCUUGUUUCCUCGCUUGGUGUGAAGGAGCAGAAGGCGAUGACCCGCCUCCCCACUGUAUGGAGAGACACUGUCAAAGACUUGACGGAUGAAAAACGAAGACUUGUCGAUGAAGAGCAUAAAUCGAGUUUUCGACGGAUUCGAGCGCUUAUCCAGACUACACGAGAGAAAGUGAAGCAGGAGCAAACAUGGGUCGUCAGCAAAGAUCGUACCCGACCUGAAGGCCGUCACCGGAUACAACGUACGGCCCCAAGCAAGCUAAAUUCUGAUCGAGUCUCUCGGGAAUGGACAUUGCGAACCUCCCGAACCUCGUUCCAGGAAAUGCUCGGCAUUCGCCAACAGCUGCCUGUACACCAGUUCAAAGACAGAAUCCUGGACUGCGUCGCUGACAAUCCCGUCACUGUAAUUUGCGCCGAGACUGGCGCGGGCAAGUCGUCUGGUAUACCCGUAUUGCUCCUGGAACGGGAAUUCAGCGCCGGACGAGACUGUCGCAUCCUAGUCAUCCAGCCACGGAGGAUAUCAGCCGUCACACUCGCGAGACGAGUUUCGCAGGAACUAGGGGAAAGCCGAAAUGAUAUUGGCACAGCACGGUCGCUGGUGGGAUAUGCAAUUCGCCUCGAGAGCAAGACAAGCAGCAACACCCGAAUUACAUACGCUACAACUGGUGUUCUUUUGCGGAUGCUGGAGGAGUCGCCGGACCUUGAUGAGCUCGACUACCUGAUCCUUGACGAAGUGCAUGAACGAACGAUGGAUCUGGAUCUACUAUUUAUUGCGUUGCAGAAAUUACCGGUGCGGAGAAAGACCUUGAAGAUCGUACUCAUGUCCGCCACGGUCGAUGCGAGCAAGUUUUCUGCGUACUUUGGAGGAGCACCCGUGCUUGACCUCCCGGGAAGGACGUUCCCAGUUCAGGUCGGCUUUCUUGAAGAUGCCGUCGAAGCGACGAAAGACCUCGCGGGUCUCAAAGAUCAAACUUUGCUCGUUCAAGACGAGGGGCAGGACUAUGAUGAUUCCUAUGCCAAUGAGAAAAGUCGCCCCAUAGUCGCCAACCCGGAGUCGUACAGCGAGCAGACAUUACGUGCUAUCUCUAGCAUGGACGAAUACCGCAUCAACUAUCACUUGAUCGUUAAGCUCGCGGCAGCGAUUGCCAGCAAACCCAAGUACGCGAAAUACAGCCGCGCAGUCCUCAUCUUUAUGCCGGGUAUAGGUGAGAUGCGCUAUCUCCACAACCUGUUGCUCUCCGUCGACACCUUCCGCUGCAACUGGGUCGUGCAUCUCCUACACUCGACAUUUACGACUGAGGAGCUGGAGAGAGCCUUCGACCGCCCGCCCUUGGGGUCCAGGAAGAUCGUGAUCGCCACCAACAUCGCAGAGACAGGUAUCACAAUCCCCGACGUGACGGCCGUGAUUGACACAUGUAAAGAGAAAUUGAUGCGCUUUGACGAACGACGUCAACUGUCGAGAUUGACCGAGGGCUUCAUCUCACGUUCCUCGGCGCGACAGCGACGAGGCCGCGCCGCGCGUGUCCAAGGAGGCCUCUGCUUCCAUCUUGUCACCAAGCAUCGGCACGACAAUCUGAUGCUGGAGCAGCAGGUCCCAGAAAUGCUGAGGUUGAGUCUGCAAGACCCUGUGUUACGAAUCAAGGUGUGGGAUCUGGGUUCGAUAGAGGAGACGCUCAAUGCGGCUAUUGAUCCACCCUCGAGAAAGAAUGUACUGAGAGCGAUUGAGAAGUUGAAGGACGCAGGUGCCUUGACGAAGUCCGAGGCAUUGACUCCGCUCGGACAACAGAUUUCGCAUCUACCAUUGGAAGUGUCGUUGGCCAAGUUGGCCAUCUUUGGAGUUAUAUUCCGCUGCCUAGAUCCCAUUCUGGCUGUCAUAUCGCUACUGACGUCGAAAUCCCCUUUCCUCCCCAUCCCCGCCUCCGGACCGCAAGCCGACGCCCGCCAAACAUUCAGCCGCAGCGACUCGGACUUACUAUCCUCCUUCAACGCCUAUACAGGAUGGAAGAAAGCCAAAGGUAACCGUUCAGGCCAGGAAUUCUGCUGGAAAAACCACAUCAGCGACCAAACAAUGAGCCAAGUCGAAGAGCAGAAGAUCCAACUGCUCGUCUACCUCGUCGACGCAGGUCUAGUGAUACUCGAGGCAGAGGAGAGAGCGGCUCUAAACCGCGCUCGAACUGGCAGUAGAGGAGACGGAGGGGUUUUCUACCCCAUCCCCCACCGCUACAACCAAACCGUCAGCGACCGAGCACUCAACUCCAUCAUCGCCAUGGCUCUAUAUCCUCGCAUCCUCAUGCGCCAAGGCAAAGGCUGGCGGAACGUGUACACGAACCAAGUCGUCUCACCAACACCACGCUCAAUCAACCACGACACCCACAAUGCUAAACCACCGCGCUGGUUAUCCUUCUAUGAAGCGAUGCAAAACCGCAGCGGUCAUCUCAACGUCUUCGAAACAUCUGCAAUCCCCGAAUCCGCGCUAGCACUGCUGCUGGGAGAGGCUGAAUUCGAGUUCUUUGCCGGCGUGUUAGUCUUGGAUUCGGGCAAAGUCAGGCUGUCAGUGCGUCAUUGGAGACAGCUGAUGGCGCUGAAGGUGAUGAGGGAACAUCUUAGCAGGGUUUUGGAUAUGGCAUACAGACGACCCGGUGAAGUGAUGUUGGACGAGGAGUGGAAAUGGGUGGAUUUGUGGUGGAGGAUGGAAGCAUCGCAGGAGUGA